AUGUCCAACCCGCUUUAUAAACCAGACCUGGACCCAGACCUGGACCCGAACAUGGACUCAGACCAGUGCGCCCUCUGGAUCAAAGAGGUCCCACCUGUCCUGGUCUCAAGUGUGUUCAGGUUCAGAUGCUGGAUGGUUCCUGCUCUGAUGGCUGCAGUCGUCUUCAUCAUCAUCUUCAUCGUGCUGGGAACCACCAACAUGAAGACAUCAAACCGCCUGUCAUCUGCAGAGGACAGCAUCUCCAAGCUGAAGGACCAACUGGAAUCCCUGAAUGCAUCACUGCAGCAGACUCAGGACUCCAUUGGAGAACUUCAACAGGUGAAGACAGCUGUGGACCACAACAAGAAUCAGCUGACCUCAGUGAUGGAUUCUCUGAAGCAGCUGUCGGAGCUCAGCUCUGUCAGCAGGACCGUGGCUGAGCUAAAAUGUAUCCUUGAACGCAUCAUCGCCAACAGCUCUGCAGAAGGUCCGUGCUGUCCUCUGAAUUGGACUCUGUUUGGUUCUGACUGUUUUUACUUCAGCUCAGAGUAUCUGUCCUGGAACCAGUCCAGAAAGUGGUGUGAACAAAAAGACGCUCUCCUGCUGAUCCUGCACACGGACAAUGACUGGGACUUUGUGACCAAGCACACGGUUCCCAGGUUCUACUGGGUGGGUUUGUCUGAUUGGAGGACUGGGAGGUGGGAGUGGGUCAAUCAGAACCCUUACACCAUGGAGCGCAGGCGGUGGGCAGUCGGGCAGCCUGACAGCGGGACGGGUCAUGGUCAAGGUUCUGAAGAUGAAGACUGCGUUCACCUUCAUAACGACGGACGCCUCAACGACCUCCACUGCAACAGCAACUUACAGUUCAUCUGUCGGAAACGCAGUGUGCACACCUGA